UGACCGAAUCAACUGCUUCCAUCGACGGACCUGACGACAACAACACAACCACGCCAUCUCAUCCAUCUCUUCCUUCCUUUCUCGCGCGAACGUGGAGCAAUCGGCGGCACCAAACAAACCGCUCCAAAACACCAACCCCAGUCGCUCGCUGCUGGUCCGACGACGAUGGGAGAAUAUUCGCACGGCGACGGGCGGCGGAAAUCCUUCACGGACCUGCAUUCCAGAUUGGAGCGCCUGGAUAAAUCCUUGACUGAACUGAUGGAGGGGCGGCAUAAGCUGUCGAAGACGACGUCGAGCGGCGGCACGGAGAGGCAAUGUUUGCUGCCCGAUCUGCCCGUCGAAGCAACCAGUGAGAAACGAGAGGUUUUGGAUCGUGUCUCUCAGCUCGAGCACUGGCUGGCAAAGUUAAGAUUAAAAAUUGAAGCAAGUUGCCACCCAAGCUCAUCGAUUGGAAGCUCUCUUGAGAACCCAUCCAUAAGGCUCAAUUCCAGCAGUAAACAACCUUUUUCCACUAAAAAUAAGCAAGAAAUAGUUCCUGCACAACAGAAGGACAACCAGCAAAUAGUACUUGGAAAACCCUUCAGAAAUAAGAAUAAUUUCAAGUGCGAAAUUGUAGAAGAGGAUGGAUCCACAAGUGAUCUGCAAGAAAAGGAUGAGAAAAUUCACACAGGCAUGCAACAGAAAAAGAUUAAGUCCAAACCUGGCAACUCAUGGCGAUAUAAGAGGUUACUGGGGUGUUGA